AUGCGCAUCAUGUCGUGGAACAUCAACGGGUUGCGGGCGCUGCUGCGGAGACACAACUCGGACUACGGCGCACUGAUGACUCAGCUCGGCGAGCCGAACGUGCUGUCGCUCCAGGAGACCCGGAUGUCGCUGGCUGCGCUGGCGGGUCUCACUGCGCUUGCGCCGCCGGGCUACGAGGCAUACUACGCCUGCUGCGCCUCUCGCGGGGGAUACUCGGGCGUGGCGACCCUGGCGCGGGCGGGAUCGGUCCUUGCCGCUUUUGACUCGUUUGCCAAGGCCGCCGCGGCUUGGACGCCCGACGACGUGCUCGACGCUGCCAUGACUCCACACCCGCUCAUGCCGACCGGCUGGGCUGGUGAGGGCUUGCAGGCCGAGGUUGAUCGCCAGGCCGCACCGGCCGGAUCGGACGCAUCGUCGCCGGCGCCCGAGUCCGUCGACGGCGACGAUCGCGUCCCGGCGCCGCCGACCACACUGCGCCAGUGGCUCGACACCUGGGCCCCGCGCUUUGAUGCCGAGGGUCGCAUGGUCUUUACCCGCCACGGCCUCGUCGGAAGCGACAAGGACAUCCUGCUGUGCAACGGCUACUUUCCCAACGUGGGCCAGGGCGGCGAGCGCGUGGCGUUCAAGCACGCGUUCAAUGCGCUCAUCGCCGCGCUUGCGACCGCCUGGGCCUCUGCCGGCUUCCACGUCGUCAUCCUCGGCGACUUUAACGUCGUCCAUCGCGACAUCGACUGCUUCCACGCCAAUCCUCCGGCGCACGAGGCGGGUCUCAACCCAGCCGAGCGGGCGUGGAUGGAGUCGCUUGUCGGCAGCGGCGGCGCCUUUCUCGAUGCCUUCCGCAUCUUCCAUCCCACCGAGUCGCGCAAGUACACAUGGUGGUCGGUCAAGAAGAGCCGCCGGCCGUCCAACAACGGUUGGCGUCUCGACUACUUUGCGCUCUCACCGUCGCUCCUCGCCGAGGAGCUUGUCGCCGACUCGGACAUUCUGCCCGACGUCCAUGGUUCGGACCACUGCCCGAUCACACUCACGCUGUCCGCGCCAUGCCGCCUUCGCGCUCCCGACGAGCACGCCCCGGCCAAGCUUCCGUCGCUCUCACUCCUUCGCUCGACCUCGACUGCUUCCAUUGCCACAAUACUCGACUCGAACCAGCCGACCAUCGUCUCAAUGUUCAAGCGUCGGCGCCCACGUGACGACGACGACGCCGGCCCGUCGGGCGCAUCGCCGACCAAGCGCGCGAAAGGUCUUGGCGGCUUGUCUUGAGCAUGAGGUUAAAACUGUGGAUUGAGGC